GAUCAAGAAGAAAUCGAUGGUCGUUCAAUUUAUGUGGGCAAUGUUGAUUAUAAAUCGACACACGAUCAAAUUUUAGCAUACUUUCAAUCCUGUGGUACAGUUAACCGUAUUACAAUUCUUAGUGAUAAAACUACUGGUCAUCCAAAGGGUUGUUGCUAUGUCGAAUUUUUAAAUAAAGAAUCAAUCAAUAAUGCAAUGGCUUUAAAUGACUCAAUUUUCAAUGAUCGUCAAAUUAAAAUCACUCCAAAAAGAACCAAUUUGCCAUACUAUAUGAGAAAUCCUGGUGGCACAAGACAAUUUAGAGGUGCUAGAGGUGGUAUUAGAGGUGGUGCUGCUGGUAAAAAAAAAAAUUAUUUAUUUAUUUAUUUAUUGAUUAACAGUGUUUGGUCUUUUAUUUUUUUUUUUGUUUUUGUUUGUGUUUGUAUUUAUGUUUUU